CAUGGCGGCGGCGGCGGGUGCCCCUCCGCCGGGUCCGCCGCAGCCGCCUCCGCCGCCGCCGCCUGAGGAGUCGUCAGACAGCGAGCCCGAGGCGGAGCCCGGCUCCCCGCAGAAGCUCAUCCGCAAGGUGUCCACGUCGGGCCAGAUCCGCCAGAAGACCGUCAUCAAAGAGGGGAUGCUGACCAAACAGAACAAUUCAUUCCAGCGGUCAAAAAGGAGAUACUUUAAGCUUCGAGGGCGAACGCUGUACUAUGCAAAAACUGCCAAGUCGAUCAUAUUUGAUGAGGUGGACCUGACAGAUGCCAGCGUGGCUGAAUCCAGCACCAAAAACGUCAACAACAGCUUUACAGUCAUCACUCCAUGUAGGAAACUCAUCCUGUGUGCAGAUAACAGAAAAGAGAUGGAAGACUGGAUUGCAGCGCUGAAGACUGUCCAGAGCAGGGAGCACUUUGAGCCUACCCAGUACAGCAUGGACCACUUCUCAGGGACGCACAACUGGUACGCCUGCUCGCACGCGAGGCCCGCCUACUGCAACGUGUGCCGAGAGGCUCUGUCUGGGGUCACGUCCCACGGGCUGUCCUGUGAAGUGUGUAAGUUUAAGGCCCACAAACGCUGUGCUGUGCGUGCGACCAGUAACUGCAAGUGGACCACGCUGGCCUCCAUCGGGAAGGACAUCAUCGAGGACGAGGACGGGAUCGCCAUGCCUCACCAGUGGCUGGAGGGGAACCUGCCCGUGAGCGCCAAGUGCACGGUGUGCGACAAGACCUGCGGCAGCGUGCUGCGUCUGCAGGACUGGCGCUGCCUCUGGUGCAAGGCCAUGGUGCACGCGGCGUGUAGAGAGUCCCUCCUGCCCAAGUGCCCGCUGGGCCUGUGCAAGGUGUCGGUCAUACCGCCCACCGCCCUCAACAGCGUCGAUUCCGAUGGCUUCUGGAAGGCCACGUGUCCCCCAUCCUGCACAAGUCCAUUGCUGGUCUUCGUCAAUUCAAAAAGUGGGGACAACCAGGGUGUGAAGUUCCUCAGAAGAUUCAAGCAGCUGCUGAACCCUGCCCAGGUCUUUGACCUCAUGAAUGGAGGACCACACCUUGGCCUACGCUUAUUCCAGAAGUUUGAUACGUUCCGGAUUCUGGUUUGUGGUGGAGAUGGCAGUGUUGGUUGGGUCCUCUCUGAAAUCGACAGCCUCAACCUUCACAAACAGUGUCAGCUGGGGGUGCUGCCCCUCGGCACAGGGAAUGACCUGGCUCGCGUGUUAGGCUGGGGCUCGGCCUGUGACGAUGACACCCAGCUCCCACAGAUCUUGGAGAAGCUGGAAAGAGCCAGCACCAAGAUGCUGGACAGAUGGAGCGUCAUGGCCUACGAGACCAAACUCCCCCGGCCGGCCUCCUCUUCCACCGGCACCGAAGACUUGAGCGAGGGCUCCGAGGUGCAGCAGAUCCUCUUCUAUGAAGACUCGGUCGCAGCCCAUCUCUCUAAGAUCCUGACCUCCGACCAGCACUCGGUGGUGAUCUCAUCAGCCAAAAGCCCCUUCCCGCGUUCCCCCCACAGAGUGCUCUGCGAGACCGUGAAGGACUUCGUGGCUCGGGUGGGGAAGGCCUACGAGAAGACCACCGAGAGCUCGGAGGAGUCGGAGGUCAUGGCCAAGAAGUGCUCUGUCCUGAAAGAGAAGCUGGAUUCUCUCCUCAAGACCCUGGAUGACGAGUCCCAGGCCUCGUCCUCUCUGCCUACGCCGCCCCCCACCAUCGCCGAGGAGGCGGAAGACGGGGAGGGGGCGGGCGGCAGCUGUGGCUCCAGCUCCACCGGGGACCGCGCUGUGGGGUCAGCCUGCCCAGCCCGGCCGCAGAUAUUCCGUCCUCGGGAGCAGCUCAUGCUGAGAGCCAACAGCCUGAAGAAGGCGAUUCGCCAGAUCAUAGAGCACACAGAGAAAGCUGUGGACGAGCAGAACGCCCAGACCCAAGAGCAGGAGGGGUUCAUCUUAGGUCUCUCCGAGUCGGAGGAGAAGAAGGACCUGAAGUCGGACGACAGAGCGUGCCACGGCGAGGGCCACGGCGCCGCCAAGGGCAGGAGCCUCCGCAGAGUGUCCAAAUCCCCGUGCGAAAAGCUGAUAAGCAAAGGAAGCUUGUCCCUGGGUGGUUCUGCCUCCCUUCCUUCGCACUCAGGAAACCGGGACAGCCUGCCAGCACUGAACACGAAGAUCCUGUUCCCGAGUGUUCGCGCCGGGAUGUCCGGUUCCCUGCCUGGAGGUUCAGUCAUCAGUCGAUUAUUAAUUAAUGCCGAUCCCUUUAACUCCGAACCAGAAAACCUGAAGAACUGCUUAGAGGCUGGCAUGCAGGGUUGUUGUAAAUGGCCUGAAACGCCCCUUUGCAGAGAGUAUUACACAGAGAAGUGCGUCAUGAACAAUUACUUUGGCAUUGGCCUGGAUGCGAAGAUCUCCCUGGACUUCAACAACAAGCGUGACGAGCACCCAGAGAAGUGCAGGAGUCGGACCAAGAACAUGAUGUGGUACGGAGUCCUCGGCACCAGAGAGCUGCUGCACAGAACCUACAAGAACCUGGAGCAGAAGGUCCUGCUGGAGUGUGACGGGCGACCCAUCCCGCUGCCCAGUCUCCAGGGAAUUGCUGUCCUCAACAUUCCCAGCUACGCUGGAGGGACCAACUUCUGGGGGGGCACCAAGGAGGACGACACCUUUGCAGCCCCGUCGUUCGAUGACAAGAUCCUGGAGGUGGUUGCGGUAUUCGGCAGCAUGCAGAUGGCCGUGUCCCGCGUCAUAAAGCUGCAGCAUCACCGAAUCGCUCAGUGUCGCACAGUGAAGAUCUCCAUCCUGGGGGAUGAGGGCGUACCUGUGCAGGUGGACGGAGAGGCCUGGGUCCAGCCGCCAGGGUACAUUCGGAUUAUCCACAAGAACCGGGCACAGACGCUCACCAGGGAUCGGGCCUUUGAGAACACCCUGAAGUCCUGGGAGGACAAGCAGAAAGGCGGGCUGCCCCGCCCCCCGUCUUUCUCUCUGCACCCGGAGAUCCUGUCCGAGGAGGAAGCCAACCAGAUGGACCGGUUUGGGCAGGCAGCGGGGGCCCUCAUCCACAGUAUCCGGGAAAUAGCGCAGUCCCAGCGAGACGUGGAGCAGGAGCUCGCCCACGCCGUCAACGCCAGCGCCAAGUCCAUGGACCGAGUGUACGGCAAGCCCAGGACCGCAGAGGGGCUGAGCUGCAGCUUCGUGCUGGAGAUGGUGAAUAACGUCAGAGCUCUGCGCAGCGAGACGGAGCUGUUGCUGGCGGGGAAGCUGGCCCUGCAGUUGGAUCCCCCUCAGAAGGAACGGCUCACGGCUGCCCUCGUGGAGAUGGACCAGCAGCUCAGGAAGCUGGUGGACACCCCCUGGCUGUGCCAGCCCGUGGAUCCUGGUGACGAAGAGAACGUGAUGCUGGAUCUUUCCAAGCGCGGCCGCAGCGGCAAAUUCCGCCUGGUGACCAAGUUUAAGAAGGAGAAGAAUAACAAGAACAGAGAAGCUCGCAGCAGCCUGGGAGCCCCGGUUCACCUCUGGGGCACAGAGGAGGUUGCUGCCUGGCUGGAGCACCUCAGUCUCUGUGAGUAUAAGGACAUCUUCACGCGGCACGACAUCCGGGGCUCAGAGCUCCUGCACCUGGAGCGGAGGGACCUCAAGGACCUCGGCGUGACCAAGGUGGGCCACAUGAAGAGGAUCCUGUGUGGCAUCAAGGAGCUGAGCCGCAGCACCCCUGCCGCCGAGGCCUAGCCUCCGCCCUCCGGGCCUGCGUCCCCCGCGCCUCCCGAGACUGAGCCGGCUCGGCGCCGCUCAUGGUGCUACUCCCGCCGCUCCGGCCCGGCGGCCCGGCGCCCCGGGUCCCGGGCCCGGCCCGCAACACAGCUACCUUCCAGCCGCCGCCGCCCC